CGAGGUCCCGCGCACGGACCAGUGAAAGGCGUUUUCCCGUUCCCGCCCUCCGUCCCUCGCCGGCCAGCACCAUGGGAUGUAAUAUGUGCGUGGUUCAGAAACCGGAGGAGCAGUACAAAGUGAUGCUUCAGGUAAACGGGAAGGAGCUCUCCAAGCUGUCUCAGGAACAAACCCUGGAGGCCCUGCGCUCCUCCAAGGAGCCCCUGGUGAUCCAGGUGCUGAGACGAAGCCCCCGCCUCCGGGGGGACAGCUCUUGCCAUGACCUGCAGCUGGUGGACAGUGGCACUCAGACUGACAUCACCUUCGAGCAUAUCAUGGCACUGGGCAAGCUGCGCCCGCCCACCCCGCCCAUGGUCAUCCUGGAGCCGUACGUCCUGUCUGAGCUGGCCAAGGCAGGAGCAUCCUGGGACCUCGCUGCUGGAAGGUUGAGGUCCUCAGCUCCUCCUCCUCCAUCCUCUCUCUUCUGCCGUCCCAUCGUCUUCUGCCUCACAAGCAUCACCCCUUGAAUCUUCUUGCAUCCCUGUCUGUCUCACCCCUCUCCCUGCUCUGAACUUCCUCCAUCUCUUCGGCUUCUUUCUUUGGCCCGCUCGGACGAAGGGCCUCUCAUCCAGGCCUGAUGGCUCAUGACUGUCCCCCCCAUCAGCCAUGAGUAUUAUGACCCAGCGGAGUUCAUGGAGGGAGGCCCACAGGAGGCAGAUCGUAUGGACGAGCUGGAGUAUGAGGAGGUAGAGCUGUACAAAGCCAGCCACCGUGACAAGCUGGGCCUGAUGGUUUGCUACCGCACUGAUGACGAGGAGGACCUGGGCAUCUAUGUUGGAGAGGUGAAUCCCAACAGCAUUGCAGCCAAAGAUGGCCGGAUCCGCGAGGGAGAUCGAAUCGUCCAGAUAAACGGUGUGGACGUCCAGAACCGGGAAGAGGCGGUGGCCAUCCUGAGCCAGGAGGAGAACACAAACAUCUCCCUGCUGGUCGCCCGGCCUGAGAGCCAGCUGGCAAAGCGAUGGAAGGACAGUGACCGGGAUGACUUUCUGGACGACUUGGGCUCAGAGAAUGAAGGGGACCUGCGUGUGCAGAAGCUGAAAUCCCCCCCUGCCCAGCAGCUUGGAAAUGAAGAGGAGCAAGGGGCCCCCAAUGUGGGCCCAGGCCUGAGCAACAGCCAGGAGCUGGACAGUGGGGUGGGCCGGACUGAUGAGAGCACCCGAAAUGAGGAGAGCUCCGAGCAUGAUCUGCUGGGGGAUGAGCCCCCGAGCACCACCAACACGCCCGGCACCCUGCGCAAGUUUGGCCUGCAAGGGGACGCCCUGCAGAGCCGGGACUUCCACUUCAGCAUGGAUUCCCUGCUGGCUGAAGGGGCCGGGCUGGGGGGUGGUGAUGUCCCUGGCCUCACCGAUGAGGAGUACGAACGCUAUCGGGAGCUGCUAGAGAUCAAGUGCCACCUGGAAAAUGGCAACCAGCUGGGCCUCCUCUUUCCCCGGGCCUCUGGUGGCAACAGCGCCCUGGAUGUCAACCGCAAUGAGAGCCUGGGCCACGAGAUGGCCAUGCUGGAGGAAGAGCUACGGCAUCUGGAGUUCAAGUGCCGUAACAUCCUGCGGGCACAGAAGAUGCAGCAGCUGCGGGAGCGCUGCAUGAAGGCGUGGCUGCUAGAGGAAGAGAGCCUCUACGAGCUGGGGGCCAGUGAGCCCAAGAAGCACGAGCUGUCUGACAUCUCCGAGCUGCCGGAGAAGUCUGACAAGGACAGCACCAGCGCCUAUAACACGGGGGAGAGCUGUCGCAGCACCCCGCUGCUCACUGAGCCCCUGCCAGAGAGCCCCCUGAGGCGGGCUGCUGCUGGCAACUCCAACUUGAACCGGACCCCCUCCGGCCAUCCUGUUGCCACCCAUGCUAAGGCAGCUCCUCCACAGGGGAGCCCCUCCAAGUUCCGAUCCCUCUCCCGGGAUCCUGAGGUGGGGCGGAGACAGCACUCAGAGGACCGUGUCCGCCGCAGUCCCAAGACGGGGGUGACCCUGGAGCGUGUGGGCCCUGAGAGCAGCCCUUACCUCUCGCGGCGCCACCGAGGCCAGGAGAGCGAGCACUACCAGAGCUGUGUGCAGCUGGCCCCGCCACGUGGCCUGGAGGAGCUGGGUCAAGGUCCCUUGAGCUUGGCUGGUGGCCCUCGGGUGGGCGGAGCGGCGGCAGCUGCCACCGAAGCACCCCGCAUGGAGUGGAAGGUCAAAGUGCGAAGUGACGGGACCCGCUAUGUGGCCAAGCGGCCUGUGCGAGAUCGCCUCCUAAAAGCCCGGGCCCUGAAGAUCCGGGAGGAGCGCAGCGGCAUGACCACUGAUGACGAUGCGGUGAGUGAGAUGAAGAUGGGCCGCUACUGGAGCAAGGAGGAACGGAAGCAGCAUCUGAUCCGGGCCCGGGAGCAGCGGAAGCGGCGCGAGUUCAUGAUGCAGAGCCGGCUAGAGUGCCUGAGGGAGCAGCAGAACGCUGACAGCAAGGCUGAGCUCAACAUCAUCGCCUUGAGCCACCGCAAAACCAUGAAGAAGCGGAACAAGAAGAUUCUGGACAACUGGAUCACUAUCCAGGAGAUGCUGGCACACGGCACUCGCUCGGCUGACGGCAAGCGGGUCUACAACCCUCUGCUCUCCGUCACCACUGUCUGAGCCACCUAAAUGGGAGCCCGGCUGCUCCAGGGAGGGCCCUCUGCUCCGACCCAGGUCCACUGAGCCCCAGGGACCCUGUCCCCUACUCUCACUUAGAAUCUAGUGUGUGUCUGUCUGUACGCACGUGUGUGCGCACCUGUCUCUGUGUGUGUGUGUGUGUGUGUGUGUGUGUGUGUGUGUGUGUACUGGAUUUUGUACCAGAGAGAAGCCCCGAGGAGAAGGGGCACCGCUUCAGCGGUGUGCACGUUUGUGUGCGACACGAGCCCAGGCACAUGCACGUGCACACGCUCACACACACUCCUAGCAGAGCUCUCCCAGUGUGGAUACUUGGAGACAGGGAAGUUGAGCUGAAAAGGAAAAAAAGCGAGGAUUGUCCCAAGCACAAGAGAAUGUCCUGCUUAGAGCUCAGCACAGCUUCUCCCCCUGCUGGGAGUCUCCGCUAUUGUAGACAAAGGCAACCCUGAUUUUUGUGGUUUUUCUCCCUUUCUGUGCUUGCCACUUGUUUUACUGUUUUGUGGACCUGCCCUGGGGGCUGGCAGCUCCUUCAGACAGCCUGUCAAAGGUGGAACCCCCCUGUGAGGGCUGGGAAGGAAGUGGGUGGGGGGAAGGAAGCGAG